CUCCUCCUCUUCCUGUGGUCUUUCUGCUCAUGACUGCUGGAGCUUUUGGAACAGAGUGGAGUGUGAAGUACAACCAACAGGAAAUCUGUGCUUUAAAAGGAUCCACAGUGUUUAUGAACGGAACUUUUACUCACCCAGAACAUCUCACAGUGAAUGAGACAUUCUGGACAUUAGACCAACAUCAGAAGACUAAUCUGUCCAAAGGGGCGGAGCCACAAAAUCGGAGUAAAGACCCAGAUUAUUCAGGCAGAGUCGAGUUUUUCACUGAUGAUCAGAAACACUUCUCCCUCAAACUGAGUGAUGUGAUGAAGAAGGAUGAACAUCAGUUCUGCUUCAGAAUCAAAACUAAUGUAGAAAAAGAAAGAUGGACAGGUGAACCUGGAGUUCAGCUCAGAGUUACAGAGCUCCAUGUAGAAGCUCCUGAAGAAGUGACAGAGGGAGAAACAGCAGAUCUGACAUGUAAGACCACCUGCAGUCUGACUGACCCAACAUUCAUCUGGUACAAAAAUGGACGUCCUUUAACCACAAAGACCAUCAAGAACAACCAGCUCCACCUGCAGACGGUCAGCAGUGAGGAUGCAGGCAGUUAUAGCUGUGCUGUAGGAAGAUCUCAACACCUCCGCUCUACUGCUCACAGCUUCAGAGUCAGAUAUCCUCCAAAGAGGGUCUCAGUGUCCAUCAGCCCCUCUGGUGAAAUAGUGGAGGGCAGUUCAGUGACUCUGACCUGCAGCAGUGAUGGAAACCCACCUGUGAAGAACUACACCUGGUAUAAAGAAGGUGGAACCUCACCUGUAGGAUCUGGACACAGUUACAGCAUCAUCAACAUCACUGCUGACCACACUGGACUGCACUACUGUGAAGCUCAGAAUGACCAUGGAGCUCUGAAUGGAACUGUGAUGGUCACUGUUAAGAGUCAGAGUUGGUCUGCAGUCUGGUUUGCAGUGGGAGGAGGAGGUUUUCUCCUUAUUACUGUCCUAAUCUGCAUCUGCUGGAUCUCCAGGAAGAAAAGACCUUCAGAUAAACACGGCGAUGAGAACGCUGACCCUAAAGCUCAGGACGAGACGUACACAGCUCUUCAGCCCACAGCCAGGUCCUCUGAUGAUGUGUACCACACACUUGCAGCUGUUCAGUCCUGCUCUCCUGAUGACACGUACACAGCUCUGGACCCUCGGUCCAGCUCUCCUGAGUGCGACACUCUAGCAUUCCUGGUUGGCUCCAGUUCCUGGUCCUUGGACAGAUCCUCUUCCAGCUCCCAGACUGGCUCCCAUUUCUCCUUCUUGAGUCACUUCAGUUCAUGUUUCCUGGGCCACUCCAGUGCUUGA